ACAAAAAAAGAUGCUUCUUUCGGAGAAAUGACUGAAAAACCUGAUUCUAAUAAUUCCUUACACUCUGUAGAAGAUGUUCCAUUAGAAAUAAGUCCGAAUAAUAUCAGAACUGAUCAGAUAUUACCUGAAUUUAAAGAACCUAAUGAUAUUACACCUGAAAUUGCAACAUUUAAUGAAGAUAUCGAGAAAAAUUGCGAUGAAACACCAAUCAACGCUGAUACUAAUUUUCUUGAACCAAUUGUUAUAGAAACGGAUGGAUUAAUAUGUAAUAAAGAACCCACAAUAUUUAAUGAUAAGGAACUUAAAACAAAUGAAGUUUGUUUUCUCAAUAUAGAAGACGAAACUUUACAAUCUCUUAAAGAAUUUGAAGAAACUCUAAAUAACUAUGAAAGCUCCAAUAACUUUAGAACCGAAUACAUCAACCUUGAUGAUUUUUACGAAAUUUUUAAUGCAUUAGACACUGUAAAUAAUGAUAAGUCGGCAAAAGAUCCGAUUGAUAGCAAAAAUAAUAAUUACGAUGACGUAAAGAUAAUAGAAGACGUUAACGUUUUUGAAGAUAUCGAUGUAAUUUCAAUAAAUUCUUCUACAAAAGAUUGUGAAAGCCAAACAGAGGAUGUUAAAGAAACCAUAUACAUAAGUUCUGAUGCAGACGAAGGGGAUACACAAAGUUCUGAAUGCGACGGAUACAAUUCAUCUGAUUUCGAAUUCAUUUCUGAAGCAGAGGCUAAAUUAGAUGGAUUAAUACUUAAUUUCAAAGGAGCUAAUCGUCAGAAUUCCUCUCACAAUAUUUCAGAAUUUGAAAACGAUGAAGGUUUUAACAUAGAUGAAGUUUUUGACCCAUGCGAGGGUCCUUCUGGUCAGAAUAGACCAAAAAACCAGUUUGAAGAUAGAAGUUAUAGGGACAAUCAUCAGAUUCCCAUAGGAGAUGAUUAUUUGGCGCUGUUUCAGGGGAUCUAUAACCCUGUGCUACCGAUGUCAGAGAUAUUUUUCUUGGAGAACAAGUCGGUUAGAACAUCGGCUAUGAAUAGUCAGUAUGAUGGUAUUGGGUUUGUGAAACAACUGGCUCUGAGAAGACAGCAGCCUGAUAGUUCGGAGGAUGAAUUCGCAGACGAAGCGAAGGAAUGUGCAAAACAGAUUUUAAAAACUUACCCCAGAGACAAUAGGAAGAGAAGACGUAGACACUAGUGUUUUAUAAAGUUAAUUAUUACACACAUCACACCCGUUGUGAAACUAUUAAGUGGUUGCUAACACUAUACUUUGAAGCACGUUUUUUUAUUUAUAAAUUUUAUAGAUUUUGUACACAAAAACUGUUUUAUUUCUUCGACUUUUACUGGCUGACCA